AUUUUGGUAAAAAAAAAACAAGAUUAGUGUGUAGUCGUUUUGUUUUUUACUAAUUCCGAAAUCAAUUUAUUAGCGAAUGUUUCUAUCGCGAGUGAAAUAUAAUAUGUACUAGUUGACGCCCAAAUACUCUAUUAUUUCAGUGCUAUUCAACCAACGCCAUAGAAGCUUGAAUUUUGAAAUAAUUGAUAGUUUUCUAUCGGCCAAGCGGUCUCUCAUUAUUGCGAAUGUUCUAAGAAUUAUUCAUUCGCCAACUUAACACAACAGAAACACAGACAAUGCAAACGAUAAAGUGCGUAGUGGUCGGUGACGGAGCCGUUGGUAAAACAUGUUUGCUAAUUUCAUAUACAACAAACAAAUUUCCAUCUGAAUAUGUGCCGACGGUAUUUGAUAACUAUGCGGUGACAGUAAUGAUAGGCGGCGAGCCAUACACAUUAGGGUUAUUCGAUACAGCAGGUCAAGAAGAUUACGAUCGUCUGCGACCACUCAGUUAUCCACAAACGGAUGUGUUUUUGGUUUGUUUUUCUGUCGUCUCGCCAUCGUCUUUUGAAAACGUCAAAGAAAAAUGGGUUCCAGAAAUCACUCAUCAUUGUCAAAAAACACCAUUCUUAUUGGUCGGAACACAGAUUGAUUUGAGAGAAGAUGCGGCUACCAUUGAAAAAUUAGCUAAAAAUAAACAAAAACCAAUCACAUUCGAACAAGGAGAAAAAUUAGCGAAAGAAUUGAAAGCUGUUAAAUAUGUGGAAUGCUCUGCUCUUACGCAAAAAGGAUUGAAGAACGUAUUCGACGAAGCGAUCCUGGCAGCGUUGGAACCGCCGGAACCAGUCAAGAAAAGGAAAUGCGUGAUUUUAUAAGUGAUGAAAAUGAAAAUUAUUAUAAACAAAAACCUACAAACUUUAUAAUAGUAAUUUAUUAUUUGAAUUAUAUUACAAAACAACAGUAGCAAGUACGAAUAUGGCACAUUCAGGGAGCGAUGAUAUCUUCAACGACGAUCAAAAACGAUUUAAACCUAAGUAUCUCAGCAUUUGGCAUUCUACUCACGUCGUUUUUCUGCACCCUCCUCUCCUUUGACCUUUCUGACCAGUCGUUUGUUUCCGUUUCGCGUGAUUUUUUUGAAGCUGACGUCAUUUGGCCAUGAAUAAAAAACCAAUCUUGCGGUAUGAUUUUUUUAAAUGAUCGAAAAUUUGUUCACGCAUGCGCAAUUAGAUGGGUGACGUCGCUAGUCGAAAUUUUUUUCGAGUAUUUAAAAAACCCUGCGAACGAGUUAUGACGUCAGACGUUGUACUCGUUGUUGUAAAAAAAAAAAAAAAAAAAAAAAAAUGCAGUAUAUCAGCGUUCUAUGGAAUGACAAAUUUGUACGUACUCGUAAAUUAAUAUAUUAUUACCUAUACCUACCUACCGUAUGUACCAGCAGCGUCGUGAAGUCGUGAUACCUUUUAUUGAUGGAUGUUGAUCGAGAUUUUCCAAUUAUCACAUUUCUGGGGUUUUGUUUUGUUUUCUUCAUUCUCUGUAGUCAGCGUACUUUACACGUUUUAUCUAUACGAUAAUUUAUCAUUGUAUUCACGUAUCUGCGUUUAAUUUUCUUAUCUUUUUUUUCCCUUUUCUUUCUUUUCUAAAAUAUCUUUUAAGUUAUAACGUACUAUAUUUUAUAUAAAAUUAUUUACUGAAUUUUUAAUAGUACUAAUUUAAACGUUAUAAUACGCAUGUUGCGUGCAUAUAUUUUCUUGUUGAUAUAUUUUAGUCGUGUGCCACCAUCAGAGCGGCCAUUUAAAAAAUGGCUUAAUUACGCUGCGCGAUAUACUACGAGAAUAUGUCUCUUAUUCGUGACGAAUGUGAUGUUAUUAUGAGUAGAUAUCAGGCUGGUCGACGAUUCGUCGAGAUUAUCAAGUGUUUUUGGUCCAUUUUUGUGUAUUGAAGAGGCAGAUUUCGAGCUUUCGUACUUUUUUGAAGUAGCUUUUCGGAGUACAAAUCUAGAUACAGAUGGAUUAAUUUUUUAAUCGUAAAAUUCAUCAAUUAUUAGUUAUUUUAUGCAUUUUUGAUUUUUUUUUUUAAAAUCAACACGCAUACCUUCCGCUGUAAAUAAAUUCACCAAAAAUGAAUAUUUUAAAGUAAUAAUAAUUUGUUAAUUUCGUUCUGAUGAUUGAAACAUCAAUUCAUCUGUACUCAGAUUUGUAAUACACGAUGCUGCUUAGAAUAGUCACGAGUGUUUGAGAUUCAGGGUCCCAUUUUCAAGAUAUAAAAAUCAAUGGAAAAUACGCAUUAAUUGAUUUCGAUGUGUCUUAGACCUGCUUGAUAUCUACUUACAAGAGUAUACUACAACUUCAAGGCAAAGGCAUUUUUGUUCUUUUUUAAGCGUAUUUAGUACUAAUCAAAAAUUAUUAGCCAUAUUGUAGGGAUAAUCGUUUAUACUAUAUGAACAAAUUUCUUAUUUUUUUAAAUUUUUUGUAAAGUUUAUAAUGAAAAAAUAUAGUAUAAAUCGAAGAUCCGCGAAGUAGUGGUGAUGUUAGAGUGAUAUACACGCGCCUACUUUUUAUACGAAAGGUGCUGAUGUGGCCGGAUUUAAUUCAGGGAUUUGUGUUUGUAGAAGAGAGGGUAAACCGUACUCUGUUUUAAUCGGACCUUCUCCCCCUGAAGAGGGUUUUAAUUCCAAUGUUUUUAUUCUGUGCAUGUGUACUUUUAUACUUUUCUAAUAUAGGUACUUUUGUACAUUAUAUACCUACUUUUAACACGAUUUUCAAAGUGCGGUUGAAUAUACAUAUAAAUAUGAAAAAAAGUAUGUGACUUUAAUAUUUUCUAAUGUAAGAACUGUAAAAUUUUGUAUUUCUUUGUUACUAAUUUAAAUAUAUAUUUAUAGUAAAAUGAUUCAAAAAAUAGAAAAUUUUCCAUGAUUUAA